AUGUCUCUUUCUUUUAAGAUUUUUCUUGUUUGCAUAACGUGCUUCACAGUUUGUUGCUUUGCAGAACAAACUUCAACCUUGAUCAUUGAUGCUAUAGCUACGAGAAAAAUUCCAGAUACUUUCCUUGGAGCAUUUUUUGAGGAGAUCAAUCAUGCAGGAGCUGGGGGAUUGUGGGCUGAGCUUGUGAGGAAUAGAGGUUUUGAAGCUGGAGGCUCCAAUGUUCCCUCAAAUAUUUAUCCAUGGUCUAUUAUUGGAGAUGAUUCAACCAUACUUGUCUCAACUGAUCGUACCUCUUCCUUUGAGCGAAAUAAAGUUGCAUUAAGUAUGAAAGUUCUUUGUAAUGAAUCUAAUCCUUGCCCAUCGGGUGGUGUUGGCAUCUCAAAUCCUGGUUACUGGGGCAUGAAUAUCGAGAAAGGGAAGAAGUACAAAGUAGUCUUCUAUGCUAAAGCAGAUGGUGCAAUUAACCUAAACGUUUCAUUUGUUGGAACGGAGAAAGGUGAAAAGUUGGCUUCAAAUAACAUUAGAUCUUAUAAACAUAAUGUUACAAAUUGGACAAGGAUGGAGGUUAUAAUAGAAGCCAAGGCUACAAAUCAUAAUGCAAGUCUUCAAAUAACAACAAGCAAGAGUGGAUUUGUGUGGUUAGACCAAGUGUCUGCAAUGCCCUUAGACACAUAUAAGGGUCAUGGUUUCCGAAAGGAUCUUUUCCAAAUGGUAGCAGAUUUGAAACCAAAAUUUUUCAGAUUCCCCGGUGGGUGUUAUGUUGAAGGAGAUUAUUUAAGAAAUGCAUUUAGGUGGAAAGACACAGUUGGACCAUGGGAAGAGAGACCAGGACACUAUGGAGAUGUAUGGAAUUAUUGGAGUGAUGACGGAUUUGGUUUCUUUGAGGGCCUUCAAUUAGCUGAGGAUCUUGGUGCAUUGCCAGUGUGGGUGUUUAACAAUGGUAUUAGCCACCACGAUGAAGUCAAUACAUCUGCCAUCGCGCCUUUUGUGCACGAAGCUCUGGACGGAAUUGAGUUUGCUAGAGGUUCUCCCGAAUCAAGAUGGGGAUCUCUUAGGGCUUCCAUGGGACAUCCCAAGCCAUUUGACUUGAGAAUUGUUGCAAUUGGAAAUGAAGAUUGUGACAAGUUUAACUACAAAGGAAAUUAUCUUAAGUUUUAUGAUGCCAUAAGACGUGUUUAUCCAGAUAUUCAAAUUAUUUCAAACUGUGAUGGCUCUGAAAACCCUUUAGAUCAUCCGGCUGAUCUUUACGAUUUUCAUAUUUAUACAAAUGCUGAGGACAUGUUUUCGAAGUCUACUAAGUUCGAUAAUGUAUCACGAUAUGGUCCAAAGGCGUUUGUGAGUGAGUAUGCUGUUUGGCAGGACGAUGCCGGAAAUGGAACACUUUUGGCUGCCGUGGCUGAAGCUGCAUUCCUUAUUGGACUAGAAAAGAAUAGUGAUAUCGUCUCCAUGGUCAGCUAUGCACCGCUCUUUGUAAACGCAAAUGAUAGAAAGUGGACGCCGGAUGCAAUUGCAUUUGACUCUUAUCGGCACUAUGAAACUCCCAGUUAUUGGGUGCAAUGUCUUUUUAUUCCUUCGAGUGGAGCAACUUUGCUUAAUUCAACACUCCUCAGUUCUUCUAAUAAAUCCCUUGCUGCUUCUGCAAUUGAGUACACAAACCCUGCAAAUAAGAAGAAUUACCUGAGAAUAAAGGUGGUAAACUUUGGAGAUCAUACAGAGAACCUUAGAAUUUUUGUAAAUGGAUUGGAUUCAAAAGUGCAACAAUCUGGAUCAACAAAGAUAGUGCUCACAGCGCCUAAUGUAAGAGAAGAGAAUUCUUUCUCAGAACCAAAGAAGAUUGUGCCACAACACACUUCACUUGAGGCUGCAAGUGAAGACAUGAAUGUUAUACUUUCUCCUUACUCAGUUACAUCAUUUGAUCUAUUAAUUAAGUAG